AUGGCAGCAAAAAGCCUUCUUGCCGAGGGGAUGGCGGGAUCCCGAACUUACCCACCCGCCCUGUUCAUGGCAGAUGAUCCUUCGCUCAUACUGUUGAAGGAGGAUGAGAACAGUUCGAUCCCCUCUUCACUCGGAGACUCCUCUGACGACCAGGUUCCCUUCAUCACAGGAUCGGAGGAAGAACUGAAGUUUGGAUCUUUCGUGUGGAUGCGAGCGAGAAAAGCAGUCAGACCAAUCGUUGCUCGUCUCAUGAAGAGAGUCAAAGUCCAUCGAUGCAGUGAAGACGGAAAGAUGCUGGCUGAGAAAUGUUGGAUCUCCGAAUGUGCUGCUUUCAACUUGCAAUGUCAUGUUUUCCCAGCAAAACUCAUGAUAUUCCCACACGGAUGCUCGAGAGACAAGAUUGCAGUUGCCAAGAGGAUAUCAGUAUGUCUUACCUUCGAAUCUUCAAAGGACCUGCGCAUGGAUGUCGAAUCAUCGGAGGGCAAGAGUUUGUUUGUGCCAUCGAUGCGAUCGAGUUUCACCCCGAAAUACAGCACAAAACCUCCAUCGGAGGCUGAAGACAAUGAAUGGGCACAUAAUUCAGAUGUAACCUGUCACCCAUCAGCUGAGUCAGGCCUGCACUACGAUACAAGAAUGUUUCACUCCGCACCUGAAAGGUGCUCGAAAGGUGUGUGGGAUGAUAGUGUAUGGGCCAUCUGGAGUCGGGAAGACAAGCUUUGUCAACGCUGUACUUCGAUACUCCCCUUAUCGCAGCAUCAAGGUGCAACGGAAGGGAGGAUCAUAUCCUUGUUCAAGAAGGCGUUAGAAGCUUGUCCCUGCAUCCUCUUCAUCGACGAAAUCGAUGCAAUCGGCAGCAGACCAUCGAAUGAAGGAGACAAAGUUGAGCAACGAGCUGCGCAUUGCCUCCUUUGCUGUCUGGAAUCUGUGCGAAACAACGUGGACCUGUCUAAGAAGAAACUGUUUGUAAUCGGAGCGACCAAUCGCUUUGAUGUCCUCGAUGAACAGAUUAUAUCUGCUGGCCGACUGGAAUCAUGGUUGCCCCUCCCCGUUCCGACUUCUCAAGCAAGGCAAGACAUUUUGAGAGUCCUUACCAGAAAAUUUUCAAACAAGAACGACAACAAUCGCAAAUCAGAGGAAGAAACGCUAAAGGAAGUCGCAGACAGGGCUCACGGAUACACGGGAGCGGAUCUCAAACUUGUUCUCACCAAAGUGGUUGGCGUCAUCAGCGAACGAAAGGAAGCGGGUGCAGAGGAUGAAACAUUGAAACUGGAGCAUUUUCUCCAAGCAGUCCAAAUCUCUGUAUUGCCGUGGAAGUUCUUGGUUGGGAUGGAAGAGGUGAAAUCUUCCUUGUACACGUGUUUGAUCAAAUCGCUGGCUGAACGUGAGAGGUACUUGUCCCUCGGCAUCGACCCUCCUCGGGGUAUCUUGCUCUACGGCCCACCCGGGACGGGAAAGACAGCAGCAGCGAUGGCUCUUGCCAUGGAGGCAGCGCCCGUCGCCAACUUUCUGCAUGUUCGGGGAACUGAUCUGAUCAACUCAAUCGUCGGGAGCAGCGAACGUGCGAUCUCGCGGCUGUUCGACCAGGCGAGCAUGAGAUUGACACAAUCGCUCCCCCUCGCAGCAACGCCGACUCGUCGGAUCGGUGGCCUCGUGGGGCUCGGAGGAGCUGCAGGGCAGCUGAGCCUGCUGCUCAUCGAGAUGGACGGCAUGAAGACCAGCAAGGAUCACCCGGUUAUUCUCCUUGGCGCUUCUUCUCGUCCCCACGUCAUCGACUCUGCUCUCCUGCGCCCGGGCCGUCUCGAGCACCAUAUCCUGGUUCCUCCUCCUAAUGCCCAGUCUCGACAUCAGUACUUGCGGGCAAGGAUGGGGAGGAGAAGCGAAGACGGGGAGGACAGGAGGCAGACAGACAAAGAUCUGACUAGCUUCGGGUUCGGAGAGAUCCAGGCAGAGGAGGAAGUAAGGAGCGAGGAGUUCUUAUGGUCUCUAGCUAGCGCCAUGGACGGCUUCUCCUUUGCAGAUCUGCAGCUCUUCUGCCAAGAGAGCGCUUUGAUCGCCAUCAGAGAAGCCAUGGGGAAGGGGAAGCAGGUGUCGGACCUCAGAGUUAGCACAGAGCACGUCCACCGCGCUCUCCUCCAUGCCAGACCCUCACUACGAGGAGCUGAGAUCCAGCACCCGAUGAAGCUCUGGCAGACGCAGGAUGAAGGAGCAGAGCGGUAG